AUUUUUCAUAUUUGCACAAUCCUUAUCAGAUAUUACGUGUAGAUAAUAGAAAGAAUUAAUAUACAACGCAUCAAAUAUCAUCGGGUCACGUGACAAAUAAACUUAAACGUGUAACCGAAAAUCUUUGGUAAACCUUAUCUUUGCCAAGCAGAUCAUUUUAGUUGGUUAGUUGUAGCGCGUCAAGUCUUGUAGACUGUAAAGUUAAAAUAAAGAAUCAUGGGCAGAUCCAAGUUUUUGGACAUUAUAAGGCCUUUUGCCAGCAUAUUACCGGAGGUUACGAAGUCGCCGAAAAAGGUCCAAUUCAGAGAAAAAUUGAUGUGGACAGGCGUUACCCUCUUAAUUUACCUCAUUUUCAGCCAAAUUCCACUCUUCGGAAUAAUGAGCUCAGAAUCUGCGGAUCCCUUCUAUUGGAUAAGAGCCAUUUUAGCCUCGAACAGGGGUACUCUGAUGGAGCUGGGUAUUUCCCCCAUAGUCACGUCGGGGAUGAUAAUGCAAUUUUUGGCGGGUGCGAGGUUUAUUGAAGUGGGGGAUGAUCAAAAAGACCAGGCCUUAUUCAACAGCGCACAAAAGUGUAUCGCCGACGGGGGACGAGUGGUUAGUGCUGCUGACUACAAGCCGGAGGUCGUGGGUUCGAAUCCCACCAGGGUGUUUGGAUUGAUCUUGACGGUAGGCCAGGCAAUAGUCUACGUGAUGAGCGGGAUGUACGGCGACCCGAACGACAUCGGCUACGGGAUCUGCCUCUUGAUCGUGAUCCAACUGUUUAUAGCCGGCCUGAUGGUGCUCCUGCUCGACGAACUCCUUCAAAACGGCUACGGGCUCGGCUCGGGCAUCUCCAUCUUCAUCGCCACGAACGUCUGCGAAACGAUCGUGUGGAAGGCGUUCUCGCCUACCACCGUCAACACCGGAAGGGGCACCGAGUUCGAAGGGGCUCUGGUGGCCUUGGUGCACAUCCUGACCACCAAGGGAUUCAAGACGAGCGCUCUUCGGGAGGCGUUCUACAGACCGCAUCUGCCGAACUUGAUGAACGUCUUCGCCACCAUCCUGGUGUUCGCCGUGGUGAUUUACUUCCAAGGUUUCCGCGUGGAUCUGCCGAUUAAAUCCACCAAAUACCGCGGGCAGGCUAUGAGCUACCCCAUCAAGCUGUUCUACACAUCCAACAUGCCUAUUAUUCUGCAAUCCGCUUUGGUGUCCAACUUGUACGUCAUCAGUCAGAUGUUGGCCAAUAACUUCCAAGGAAAUUUUAUUAUCAACUUAUUGGGCAAAUGGGGGGAGGGUGCACAUGGUAGAUCGGCUCCUAUCGGUGGAUUAUGCUACUACCUAUCACCACCUGAUUCUUUCUAUGCCUUCGUCAGCGACCCUGUUCAAGCCACAGCAUACGUAAUAUUCAUGCUAGGAUCAUGCGCAUUCUUCUCUAAGGUUUGGAUCGAGAUGUCGCAGUCAUCCCCAAAAGACGUCGCCAAGAAAUUGAAGGACCAACAAAUCGUCAUUGCUGGUUACAGAGAUACUUCUAUGGUAACCGUCUUAAAUAGGUACAUUCCCACUGCAGCAGCUUUUGGUGGGUUGUGUAUAGGGGCCUUGUCUGUGUUUGCGGAUCUUAUGGGGGCUAUCGGAUCUGGCACCGGUAUUCUUCUGGCUGUGACAACGAUCUACCAGUACUUUGAAAUCUUCGUGAAAGAACAAUCCGAAAUUGGAGGAUUAAGGGGGUUUUUGUCACAGAACAGGGUUUUUGUUUGCGUGGUGGUGCACCAACAUGGAGCCGUCAAGUUGACCACCCUGCUCUUCGCCUACCAACGUCGCCAACAUCAUCGGUCACGUGACCGGCUUGAGCUGCUACGUGUCUGUCGUGUCAAGUCAAAACUCUUUCGAAAGUACCGUAACGCGUACAAAAGUUGGCCACUUACCGAACGUGUGCACUUUGAGGAGGACUUCAAAUUCCUCGAGGUUAUUAAGCCUUUUUGCAGCAUUUUACCCGAAAUUGCCAAGCCAGAAAGAAAGAUUCAAUUCAGAGAGAAAGUACUGUGGACUGCAAUCACACUAUUCAUCUUUUUAGUAUGUUGUCAGAUCCCACUUUUUGGAAUUAUGAGCUCAGACUCAGCCGAUCCAUUCUACUGGAUUCGUGUGAUUCUGGCUUCAAACAGAGGUACCCUUAUGGAGUUGGGUAUUUCACCCAUUGUAACAUCUGGCCUGAUAAUGCAACUUUUGGCUGGUGCCAAAAUAAUUGAGGUCGGUGAUACACCAAAAGACAGGGCUUUGUUUAAUGGAGCACAGAAAUUGUUUGGAAUGGUGAUCACAGUGGGUCAAGCGAUCGUCUACGUGAUGACCGGCAUGUACGGCGACCCGGCCGAAAUCGGCGCCGGAGUGUGUCUCUUGAUUAUCAUACAACUUUUCGUCGCCGGUCUUAUCGUGCUCCUCCUCGACGAACUCCUCCAAAAAGGUUACGGUUUGGGGUCCGGCAUCUCUCUCUUCAUCGCCACGAACAUCUGCGAAACCAUAAUCUGGAAAGCGUUCUCGCCCGCUACGGUAAACACCGGAAGAGGCACGGAGUUCGAAGGCGCGGUCAUCGCUCUAUUCCACCUCUUGACCACCAGACAAGACAAAAUCAGAGCUUUGCGUGAGGCUUUUUACCGCCAAAAUUUGCCCAACCUGAUGAACUUGCUCGCCACCGUGUUCGUCUUUGCUAUAGUGAUAUACUUCCAAGGGUUUAGAGUGGACCUCCCGAUUAAGAGUGCGAGAUAUCGCGGCCAACAUUCGAGCUACCCAAUCAAACUCUUCUACACGUCCAACAUCCCCAUUAUCCUGCAAUCCGCUUUGGUUUCCAACUUGUACGUUAUCAGUCAGAUGUUAGCCGUCAAAUUCCAAGGCAACUUUCUAAUUAACCUUCUCGGUGUUUGGGCGGAUGUUGGUGGGGGCGGCCCGGCUAGAUCGUACCCCAUCGGCGGUCUAUGUUACUACUUCUCUCCGCCUGAGUCCGUAGGGCACAUUCUUGAAGACCCCAUCCACGCUCUCCUCUACAUAGUCUUCAUGUUAGGCUCUUGCGCGUUCUUCUCUAAGACGUGGAUCGAAGUUUCGGGCAGCUCAGCCAAGGAUGUAGCCAAGCAGCUGAAAGAACAGCAGAUGGUGAUGCGGGGUCACCGAAACGACUCGAUGAUCCACGAAUUGAACCGUUACAUACCUACGGCAGCCGCUUUCGGCGGUCUCUGCAUCGGCGCUCUAUCCGUAUUAGCAGACUUCAUGGGUGCUAUAGGUUCCGGCACCGGUAUUCUCUUAGCCGUCACCAUCAUCUAUCAGUACUUCGAGAUCUUCGUCAAAGAGCAAUCAGAGAUGGGCGGUAUGGGCGCCCUAUUGUUCUAAACGCGUCGCAACUCUAUAUAGGUUAGUUUGGUAUCUUUAAGCUGAAAGCUGACUGAUAUUGGCCGGCCGGUCGCGUUGUUUCGUUGCAUAAUUUAUAUCGCAACCCGCACUGCAAGGUCUGUCCCAUCUCGUUUCGCGCACACUGAAAAUCACUGCAACGGCGGCCAUUUUUAUGCUCUUUGUUGGUUUGCGCCGUUUAAACAGAUUAAUAAUCGUUUUAAACGACCUCUUUUGUAAAAAAUAAACCUUACUAUCAGGGCUGUCAUCAAACUGUAAUUUGACGAAAGCCCUGAUAGAAUAAGGCACAAUCCACACAACAAGGUCUGUUCUAUCUCAUGCUAAAAAUACUAAAAAUCACUGCAACACUGCACAGAGUUUAACGGCGGCCAUUUUUGUUGUUUACAAUUCUUGUGCUUUGGGUUUGUGCUGUUUAAUAAUUGUUUUAAACGUUGUGUUUCUUACAGAGGUGCUAAGGACAACCAUUUUACUUCUCUUUUAUAAUAAAUAUACCUCAUUCUAUCAGGGCUGUCAAAUAACAAUUUGAAGGUUAAUUUGUGGGUUAUAAUUUAACCUUAAAAUUGACAUUUUACAGUUUUAUGACAGCCCUGAUAGAAUAAAGUUUAUUUUUUACAAUAGAGGAGUAAAAUGGUUGUUCUUGGCACUUUAAGGCCUCUCUUAAGGCUUACUAUGAGAAACACAAAGUUUAAAACGAUUAUUAAUCUGUAUAAACAGAGCACAAACCCAAAGCACAAAAAUUGUCAACAACAAAAAUGGCCGCCGUUAACCUGUGCAGUGUUGCAGUGAUUUUUUUGUAUUUUUAGUACGAGAUAGAACAGACCUUGUUGUGUGGAUUGUGGAAUAAGGUUUACUUUUACCAAAAGAGGAGUACUUUCAAGACAUACAGAAAAAACGAAUAUCAAUCUGUAUAAACGUCUCAAACACAAAGCACAUUGUAAACAACUAAAAUGGCCGCCGUUAACUCUGUGCAGUUGCAGUGAUUUUUAGUGUUUCUAGUACGAGACAGAACAGACCUUGUUGGGUGGAUUGCGAUUUAUUUAUUAUUUUACUGCGACUCUCAGGCGUUUUGGCGAUGUCAGCGCGACCGCCGCGCGUUGUACAAAGUACACAUUUUUUGUACUAUCGAUAUUGAAUCUCCUAUAAGUGAUUCUAAAACGUUAUUUUUCAUUGUACAUUUACAUUUUUUUAACAAUUUGUUGUUUUUGUCAAGUAAUUUGUAUCGCUGUUUUGUACAAAGCCAUUGAACGAAAAUGUAAGGCUUUGCAUUUAAAAUAGUAAUCACCAGUGUUAAUUAAUACGGCUGAUAAUUCUUCCAAACUCGAACGAAUCUCACAUUUUAAGUUAAAGCACAGCCAGUUUUUCUUUAUAUAUUGUUUAUAAAAGUAUAUAUUAAAAAAAUAUUAUUUAUGUUUUGUGUGGAUGUCCAUGCACUUCCUUUUUUAUUUAAACAUCAUUUGUCAUGCAGUGUGGUUGUGUCAAAGUCCAUUUGUUAGAAUAAUUUAUUUUAAAUACAUUUAAUUUACGAUAAAA